AUGUCAAUUGUGUAUUAUCAUGAUAACAUGAUGGGAAUGCAUAGUGUUGCUCACGUGCAACAAAUUCAUGAAUGGAUUUAUCAAUCAAUGGUCCUUGAUUUUAUACCCUCUCAUGGUAAACACACAGGUCGAGACAUCUCUUAUAUUUUUCACAAAUGUUUGGUAGAGUUCAACUUGGAAAACAAAGUUCAAGGCAUCACUGUUGACAAUGCAUCUGCUAACACUAAAUUUAUGACCGAACUUGAAAAAUUGCUCCCAGAUUUCGAUCCAGAAAAUCAACAUUUUCGAUGCAUGGUACAUAUUUUAAACUUAGGUGUUCAAGACUUGAUGAAAAAUUUAAAAUUACAAACUGAUUAUGAGAUUGAAGAUGAAAUGGGUAGUGAAAAUGAAAUGGAAGUGGACCAGGAGAUUGAUGAAGAAAUGGAGAGUGUAAAUGAAAUAGAAGUUGACCAGGAUAAUGACGAAGCUAUAUCUGAGGACUAUGUAGUACAGAUAGAAGACUCAAGCACUGCUAUAAUGAAGUUACGUUCUAUUUUUAGCAAAAUAAAAAGAAGCGAAAAGAUGAAAAAUAAGUUUCGUUCAAUAUGUGACACAAUGGGUGUAUCAAAAACUUUAAGCCCCAUACUGGACUGCCCAACCAGAUGGAAUUCAACUCAUGAUAUGCUUGGGGUAGCAUUAAAACUCAAAAAAGGCAUUACUACAUUAAGCAGUAUUUUACCUGAGUUAACAGAAUUUCAAAUCUCUAAAGAUGAAUGGUUUAUAUUUGAAAAAGUUCACAAGUUUUUAAUCAAUUUUAAAAGUCUCUCAACAAGACUUGGUGUUGACAAGAUAGAAACUACCAUAACACAAUUACAUGAAAACAUUUUAAGAACUGCAAUAGACGAGCAACUACUUUUGAGUUUUCAAGCGGCACGAGAUAAAAUCCUAAAACAUUAUAAAAAAACAAACUGGAUUUACUGCAUCUCGCUUAUUCUAGAUCCAAGGCAUAAGGCAGAAACAUUUGAUUUAACGCCUUGGGGAACAGAGUUAAAAGAAAGUAGUCUGAGGAAAUUUGAAGAAAUCUAUGAGUUAUACUUUAAAGAAGAGCCAGUGUCAGAAGUGCCAGAAGAAGAAGACUUAAUUGGUAACGAUGAAGAUAUUAUAGACUUCAAUGCGCUAUAUUCGACUCCGAUCAAUUUCACAAAUUCUCAGAAUAGUAAGCAAGAAUUGGAAAAAUACAUAAGUCAGCCGAGGAGUGCAAGCAGUGUAGACAUUUUACAGUGGUGGAAGCUAAAUCAAUUACAGUUCCCUGUAUUAGCUAAGAUGGCAAGAGACUUUUUAUCGAUUUCAGCCACUUCAGUUCCUGCAGAGAGACUAUUUUCUAAGGUAUCAUUAGUUAUACGUAAGCACCGGAAUAGAUUAAGUAACGAAUCUGCACAAUGGCUACUUUGUAUUAACUCAUGGUCAAAAAAGCUUUUGUAA